AAAAAAUAUAUUUUUUUUUAAAUUAAAGAGAACAGUUACAGAGAAAUGGCAAUGCAGCUAUGUUCUCCGUCUGCUUCUUCUUCCUCCUCUUCCUGUCCAUGUUCAAAUCCAAGGUUAACACUCUUCAAAAUACCGAGAAAACCCCUCCGACUCCCGUCUUCCUCUGGGCGAGCAACCGCGGUCCUGAUGGACCGUUCCGUCAAAUCACCGGCGAGGGGAGUCCCGCUGGAGAAACGGAGCAGGAACGAAUUGGAGGAGAAAAAGCCGCCUCCGGCGCCGGAGGGAGUGCUGGUGGUCCGCCGGCCGGAGAUCGAGUCCGACCGUCCGGAAUUCGUCGAGGAAGGCGAGGAGAUAAAGAAGCCAUCGGCGGCGAUCGACGGUAAGCUGGAGGAGUUCGCAAAGAAAAUGCCGAUUUUCGAGCCGGAUAGACUGGAUGAAAACGCAGGGGCAGGAUCUGCGCAAGCGAAGCCUCUUUCAGUGAAUUUGGAUCUGGCUUUGUACAGGGCCAAAGUGUUGUCCAGGAGCUUCAGGUACCAGGAAGCUGAGGCAAUACUCCAGCAGUGUAUAAGUACAUGGCCAGAGGACGGAAGAGCUUAUGUUGCAUUAGGUAAGAUUUUGGGGAAGCAAUCUAAAACAAGGGAUGCUAGAGCUGUGUACGAGAAAGGCUGCCAAGCUACUCAAGGAGAAAACCCUUAUGUUUGGCAGUGCUGGGCAGUUUUGGAAAAUAGGAUGGGUAACAUAAGGAGAGCAAGAGAGCUGUUUGACGCAGCCACAGUUGCUGACAAGAAGCAUAUAGCUGCCUGGCAUGGUUGGGCAGUUCUAGAGCUCAAGCAGGGGAAUGUAAAGAAGGCGAGGCAACUACUUGCUAGAGCCCUCAAGUUCUGCGGAGGGAAUGAAUAUGUUUACCAAACGCUAGCUCUAUUGGAAGCUCGAGCGAAUCGGAGUGACCAAGCACGGUACUUGUUCAGGGAAGCAACUAAGUGCAAUCCAAAGAGCUGUGCCAGUUGGCUUGCAUGGGCGCAGCUGGAGAUGCAGCAGGAGAAUAACCUUGUUGCAAGGCAACUGUUUGAGAAAGCAGUCCAGGCAAGUCCUAAGAACAGGUUUGCUUGGCAAGUGUGGGGUGUAUUUGAGGCCACCAUAGGCAACAUAGAGAAGGCCAGGAAGCUCUUAAAAAUAGGACAUGCACUCAACCCAAAGGAUCCUGUUUUACUUCAGUCUCUUGCUUUAAUCGAAUACAAGCACUCGACAGCAAAUCUUGCCAGAGUGUUGUUCAGAAAGGCAUCGCAAUUGGACCCUAGGCACCAACCAGUAUGGAUUGCUUGGGGAUGGAUGGAAUGGAAAGAAGGGAAUGUGUCUACUGCAAGGGAAUUGUAUCAAAGAGCUCUCUCAAUUAGCACCACCACUGAAAGUGCUGCUCGAUGCCUGCAGGCUUGGGGUGUUCUUGAACAAAGAGCCGGUAAUCUAUCCGCAGCUCGAAGAUUAUUCAGAUCAUCACUGAACAUAAACUCUCAGAGCUACGUCACUUGGAUGACAUGGGCAAAACUAGAGGAAGAUCAAGGAAAUGCUGUGCGUGCUGAAGAAAUCCGCAACCUUUACUUCCAACAGAGAACAGAAGUUGUGGACGAUUCAUCAUGGGUUACCGGGUUCUUCGACAUCAUUGAUCCAGCACUCGACAGCAUAAAGAAGCUCUUGAACUUGGACCAGAACUUCUACAAGAAGGAAGCAGAAACAGGAGCCAAGGAUAACAACUACAAUAGCAUGCUUGAUGAACAAGGCAGUGUGAAACAGGAUGGAAUGAGCUGGCUCGAUUUGGAUUCGUUCAUCAAAACAAGGUUGUCUCUUGAUCCGGCGAAACUGGACCUCGUUCUGGAUUCGUCUCCGAGUCAAGCUGUGGCCGCAGCUCGGCUGCUUAAAUCGCCGAGAAGCAUAUGGAGACCUGAGCAAAGAUCUGUCGCAUUGUCGGAGCCCAGAGUUUAAAGUGCCUGUAGAAACCCAUGCACUUUAACUAGUAGAUACUGUGCUUGUUUUUACUUCUUAGCAAACUACCUUCAAAUUUGUACAAAAAAAUGCCACGUAGGAAAAGAAAUGGAUCGUUUAAUUGAUUCAGCCAAUUAAUCAUAAUGCGUUAAGCAUAAGUGCAUGGGUUUCCCCUAUCCGUUGCAGCAAGCCAAUUUGGUUGACUAACAGCGUUGACUUUUUGCUGAUCAGCUAAAAUUUUAUUUAGCAUAAAAGGCUUAGAAGUCCCUGGGAUCAACGAACACAUUCCCUAUCCGUUCCCCUGACAAACUUUCAUUCUGGUCCUCUUCUCCGCCGCCGCCGGCGGCGCUCCCUUCGGCUACUUUCUUCAAGUACCAGACGUCGUCGACGCACGACGAGCAGGAUUCUUUCGGCACAAACUCCAGCAAAGGGUCCGACACAGCAAGCUCGGUGAUGAUCGCCUUGCAGCCUCUCAUAUUCUCGCCCAGCUUCAUCACGAAGCUCCAAACGGAUCUCAUUAGCUCCUGCUGCCUCUCUCCUUCUCCGUAGAUACCGUAGAGGAAAAGAAACCCGCCCGGCGGCGGCGGCUGUGGCGAGUCGCUUAUCGGAAAUCUCAGGCACGGCAGAAAUUUGUCCCUCGCUCGACUGAGAGUCAAUUGGAAUCGCUUAUUGACUCGACGAUUAUGAUUGAUAGCAUUAUUGGGCUCGCAGGAAUUCCAAACGCUGAAGACUAUCGUCGAUCGGAGUCGAGUGGUAUCGGUACCGCCGCGGCCGUUGAAGUAGGAAAUCCAUGUCCCCAGGCUCAGGUUUGCUUUCAAUAUGGCGUCGAAGUCGACCGGGUACAUGACGUGUUUCUGGUUCCCUGAUCUGAGUUUGUUGUUGUACAGAGAAAUCGCCUGCUCAAUUUGCAGCUUCUCGACCUUUAUUUCAGGAAACGGAUCGAGGAGCAGACGAGGGAUUUGUUCCUUGUGAUGCACGAAGAUGACUAAAGAGGCGAAGUCAGCGUAGCCAAAUUUGGAAGCGAAGAGAUUCGUGGAGGCGACAUUGUUCUUCAGGGUGGCGAUCAGGAUGUCCUCCGCGCCUUUUCCGAUCAGCCAUUCUUCGGCCGACUUCACCAGCUUUGUUCCAAUGCCCAUUCUCCUGCGUUUCAGGUUUCGUCAGCCAGGUGUUUGAUUAAUUGUCUCAGAGAGUAGGAAAGACGGGAAAAUCGAGAAGAAAGAAGAGAAAUACUGAUGUAUAGGAGAGACUCGAAGGCCAAGGAUGCAGCCCAUUCUCACAUUUGCCGCUUCCAAACCAGUCUUCAUAGACUUGAUGCAGCAUCUCACCAUGCCAACAAGCUCACCAUUGCCAUGCAGCUCAGCGACCUGUGUUCAAACCAUUAGCUAGCAAAGAGCAAGAGUUGCCAUGCCAUGGGAGCUGCUUUUCAGGUUUCUGUACUCUUUGCUCAGGUGAUGAAUGAAGACAGAAGAGCAGUGCAUAGAGCUACAGUGCAUGUUCUAUGGUGAUGCUUGCAUCAAUGGGGAAAUGGAAAACAAGUUGCAGUAACCCUUUUGUUUUGUUGUUUGAGCUGUUAGAUUCUCUGCAGGUAUACCUACUGACUUGAUUGAUCACAAAAUGUGAGGUGGAGAAGACUCAUCAAGGAUUAGAAGGAGAAAAGCUUAUGUCGUACUUCUCCAACCAAUCCGGCCAUGUUGCUGAAGACUCCUUGCGUGAUUAGUCUGCUGGUGAAUUGUCAGUCCUCGGAUGAGAGAAAACUUACGAGAUAGGAGAUUGGACGAUUAUGAUGCAUGCG